AAGUUGGAAAUGAAGCAAAGCAAACUUUCAUUUUAUUCAUAAUUGUUCGAUUCAGGCUUUUCUUUUUUAUUUUAUUACCUUUUUCCUUUUUCUUUUAUAAAUAUUUGUUUACUCCUAAGAGUGUUUUUUUUUUCUUUAAAAACAUAUCUUUAAAAAAAACAUUCAAAUACAUAUCAAAUGGAAAAGAUAUCCAACAGUAAUCAUCACCAUCACCACUAUACCAGUAACACGACACCAGUCGAUAAAUCCAGUAGCCACAGUAAUGCAUCGUCUACAGCCAGCACUAUCGUUGGCGCCCAUUAUCAGGUCGGCAAAAAAUUGGGCGAGGGCAGUUUUGGUGUUAUAUACGAAGGCCUGAAUCUCUUGAACAAUCAGUCAGUUGCCAUCAAGUUUGAACCUAGAAAAUCAGAAGUACCUCAAUUACGAGAUGAAUACAGAACUUAUAAAAUAUUGGCAGGAACAUCUGGCGUUCCUAGUGCUUACUAUUUUGGACAUGAAGGACUCCAUAAUGUCCUUGUUAUUGACUUAUUAGGUCCUAGUCUUGAAGACUUGUUUGAUAUGUGCAAUCGCAAAUUAUCUAUCAAAACUGUGGCCAUGGUAGCGAAACAAAUGAUAUCUCGUGUUCAAAGUGUUCAUGAAAGGAAUCUGAUAUACAGAGACAUCAAACCUGAUAACUUUCUAAUUGGUCGACCUGGGACGAAAUAUGCCAAUAUGGUCUUCUUGGUUGACUAUGGCAUGGCUAAGUUAUACCGUGAUCCAAAAACGAAAAAACAUAUACCUUAUAGAGAACGCAGGAGUUUAUCAGGAACGGCACGUUACAUGAGUAUCAAUACUCAUUUAGGAAGAGAACAAUCAAGAAGAGAUGAUUUAGAAGCUUUGGGUCAUGUAUUCAUGUACUUUUUGCGAGGCUCCCUACCAUGGCAAGGAUUGAAAGCAGCAACUAAUAAGCAGAAAUAUGAGAAAAUCGGAGAAAAGAAACAAACGACAUCGAUCAAAGAUUUGUGUGGGGCUUAUCCUGAGGAAUUCGGUAUCUAUCUUCAAUAUGUUAGAAAGCUAGGCUUUGAAGAAACUCCUGAUUACGACUUUUUGAGAGAGUUAUUCGAUAAAGUAUUGGAACGUCAAAAUGAACAAGAUGACGGUCUCUAUGACUGGGUCCUACUAAACGACGGCAAAGGCUGGGAGGUAAGUUGAUUAGUCUGUUCACAAGUACAUACACAUCCAAAUUAAUUUAAGCUAUAUG